CGGACCGGAAGCGGACCCCUACUCCACAAUUAUAUGUUUACUCUCGCCUCUCCAACUUCCUCUCCAAAUUCUCCCUCCAAAACCUCACAUUCCUACAAAUAUUACUCAGAGCCCAAAGCCAUUUUUGCCGUAGACAGCUUUCUUCUCCGGCGAAAGCCGAGAACACGCUCCCAACUUCCCACUCACCUUCUCCUCAAUCUCUUUUCAAUUACAUUUAGAAACUUGAAAAGCUUCAGCUCGCUGUUCAUUUGAGGGCGAGAUCGAGCUAAUCUUGUUUCUUCCUGUUCUUGAAGUUACUCGAAGGAUUCCGCGGCUUGAUUGGAGCUCCGCCGUGGCGGGGAAGGCGGAGAUGGACGAUGAGGGUAUUGGCGAGCUCUGCCGCCGAGGAGGCUGGAUUUACGGGGUGCUUUGGGGUUUUGAUCGCCGGGAUCCGCGGUUGCUUGUGCUGGAGGAAAGUUACUAUGAAGAAAAGAAUGGUAGGAUUUUUGAGAAGAUGAUUAAUCAGGUUCAUGUGAUUGGGUGUGGAAUCAUUGGGGAAGUAGCCCUAAGUGGCAAACGCCGGUGGAUCAAUUUUGAUGCCCGAUUUAUGGAAUCUUGUGAUAUCAGCACCGGUGUCAAGUUAGAUACGUUUAAGGAAAAUGCUGAGUGGCAACAUCAAAUAUUGGCAGGAAUAAAGACAGUCGCGGUAAUUUCUCUGCCUCCAUUAGGUGUGAUUCUAUUUGGUUCCACACAAAAGAUUUGUGAAAAUUCAGACUUCAUUGCUCGGGCUCAGUAUUUGAUUCAUCAGCAUGGAAUCAGAGAACUUGGAGUUGAACGCGUAGAUUGGAACUUCACACUCAAGAAAAAUAAAUCGCGUGAUAGCAGACAGAGACAAGACAACCAUUUAGCUUCAGAAUACUCAUCUUUAGCUUCAAAACUUCUCUCCAUGGGAUCUCAAAUUGGUACAAUAUCUCAAACAUGCAACCUAAAGCCUCAUUUAUCUUCAUUGUCCUUCACAUCGACUUCAUCAAGUUCCUUUAAUGGUUUUCACAACCCAUCCCAUGAAACACCUUCCAUCAACAGCACAGCUCAUAAAUUCACAAACCAGCAAGAAGUUUUGUCAGAAGCUCAAAUCUUGUUGCCACCCAACAACCACGGGCUUAACUCCAAUUUUAAAUGUCCAACUAAUUCGUUCACUGCAUACUUCAAAUCUAACACACUGCCUAAAGAAAUUGGCUCGUUUUCUUAUGUGGAGCAUAAACCAUUCCCUAGGUUAGCCAUGCCAGGCUUUUUCAACAUGAUUCCGACUUCACAUUCUACAACUUUGUUGCAUGGCGGAGUUGGGCCGCAGGGAAUGCUGGACAGGAGCGGCAUGUCUUCUAAUAAAAGUGUACACAGCCUUGAUUGUGCGGGGAAAUUACAAGAGAUCCAGCAUUGUUAUUCACCACCUGUAUGUGGCUUAUAUACCAGUAAAUCCUCAUCAAAAGCCUCUCCCUUUACUCUAGAAUUUCCUGAAAAUUUCUUCACUUCUCAUCAGCAACUAAGUACUCAAAAUUCUCCAUUGGCUCAGUGUACUAAUGAACCCGAAACUCAACAUAUUCAUGACAUAUCCCUGAAUAAUCACAUCCAUUCGAGCCAGCAAACAGAUGAACAGGUCAAUAAUAGUCUUGGUUGCAGCAUGACAGCUGAAUUUCCUAAUAGUCUGUCUGAGUCCCCAGGUGUCUGUGUUUCUUCCUCUCCGAAUAGAGGUGGCAAUUGGAUGAAAGGCACUUCUAAUGUUUCAACUCAGCUUGUUUUAGAUAACGACCUGUUUGAUGGCAUGGAAUUGAAUUUCAGUCCAAUGAUUUUGAUGCAAGAGUACUGGGAUGACAUCAUAUUGCCAAUUUCUAGCAAUAAUUGCCCAUCUGAAGUGGAAUUUGGCUCAGUUACUGGUGCUGAAAAGGAGUUGUUUUCAGACUCUGGUCUUGAACAGCUAUUGGAUGCUGUAGCUGCUGGGAAUUCUAAUGAGGCUUCUAGCUGUAAUUCAGUCAGGACAAAGACCAAUGUUUCUGCUAGUCAAGAGUCAAGGCAUCAAUUACCAACAAAAGUCAGUCAUGCACAAGCAGACCAUCUUCCAGUUUGUGAUAUUUCUUCUCUCAUUCAGACACCUCCAGCUACACUUCCCGAAUGGAAUGAAGAAAAUAUGAUACCAGAUUCACCAAAGAGUGUUCAGCCAAUGCCUAAUGUCCGCACAUGGAUUGAUGACAGUUGUAGUGUUAAUGCUGAAAGUUCUGCAUAUAAUGAGCCAAAGAGAACAGAAGAGACUGUAAAAGUAGUUAGAAAAAGGUCCAGGCCUGGCGAGAACACUCGAACCAGGCCUAAAGACCGACAGCAAAUACAAGAUCGUGUAAAAGAGCUGCGAGAAAUCGUUCCCAAUGGUGCAAAGUGUAGCAUUGAUGCAUUGUUGGAUCGCACGAUCAAGCAUUUGCUUUUUUUGCAAAGUGUCACAAGGUAUGCUGAUAAACUAAAACAAGUUGAUGAGCAAAAGAUUAUUGGUGAAGAUAGUGGGGUUGUCUUGAAAGAUAAUACAAAUGGAGGUGUUGCUGGUGCAACUUGGGCCUAUGAAGUAGCAGGUCAAACAAUGGUCUGCCCAAUAUUAAUUGAGGAUCUCCACCCUACUGGGCAAAUGCUAGUUGAGAUGCUCUGUGAAGAACGAGGUUUCUUUCUCGAGAUCGCCGACAUUGUUCGUGGAUUCGGGCUGACAAUACUAAAAGGAGUGAUUGAAAAUCGUGGAAGAAAAGUCUGGGCAAGGUUCAUUGUUGAGGCAAACAGAGAUGUUACCCGAAUGGAUAUUUUUCUGUCUCUGGUCCAGUUUCUACAACAAACAACUUGCAGAAUUCAGUCCUGCGAGCCAUUGGUGAGGGCCAUCGAGACGCCAUUUACUACCUACCAGCACUGCACAGCUGCAAUUCCUACAGGUCAGGAAUCCGCUUAAGCCUUUUGCUGCUGUUGAGAGCUUGAUGGAGAGUACAAGGGAGAUGGUUCAAUGGUUAUAUAGGCCAUGAGAUCUUUGUGUGUUCGUCUUGUAAAGAGUUUUGUUGUAUAAAGUUAGUUAAAUUCAUUGUUAGAUUAUGUCAGGGUUGUAAUUCAUGGUGGUCUAAUGCUGUGGUGUGUGUUUGUAGUUAGGCUAAUGGGGUUGGGAGAUUUAGGUGCCUUUUUUUUUUUUUUUUGUUUACUUCUAAGCUGGCCUAGUAAUUGAUUUAUUCAGUAGUGAUUGAA